AGUAAUUACCUCACCUCCUGCUCUUCCAGUACAGUAUCAGUCCCCUGGCUUAGAAAGUGAGUUAUAUGUGUGAUGUUGAGACCAACCACAGAACGAAUGAGGUUUAACAUACUUCUAAGAGAACCCAACACAGUUGUGUUUGUUGUAUCCCUACACUUUGGAAAAAUGCUUCUAAGUUACUCUAAAGCAAACCCUUUAAUUUCUCCUGUCUCUGAUUGUUUGCUAUUCCUAUAAAGCUAUGCUUUAUUCUGAAAUAAAACUCCCCAAAUGUGGUACUGAAUUGUUUUCAGUUUACAGCAGUCUGGCUGUUUUCCCAACAGCUGAUCAUGUUCUUGCUUCCAAACUGCAUUGUAGCUAUCUGAAAGUUGAACAGUAAGUAUUACAGUCAUGUAGAGCUGUAUGGGGUUUUACAAGGGUGAUGUUAGAACUUUUCAGUGAGUAAAAGCAGAGCGUCACAUACAAAAUUUGAAUUCCUUUUCCAGCCAUUAUUAAAUACUCAUAUUAACAGUGGUAGCAAUCAUUGCAUGAAGAACUGUGCAGUCACAAAAACAGAAGAUUAAAGCUAAUAUUAUGAAGUUAUAUUUUUAGCUGUCUUUGAAGGGGAUUGGGCAGCCACUGGCAUCUGAAUAUGCAUGAGCAUGUUUGUCAUUGGAUCAGCAGAGGUUCUAGAGGCAGUCUGUAAUGUAAGUGGUAGACUACACUGAGCUUUGGGAGUAAGCAGUACAGGUACACUGCCUCUACUUUGUCAUCCUGACAGAGCUGUCAAACAAAACUCUGCUAAUGAGAGUUUUUGUAGAUGUUUAUACAACAUUGUCUUUCAUCCUGAUGUUUUGAGGUAAGUAGAAAAGACUUCAAAAACCAGCCUUCUACAAGUCUUUUGAGAUAAGGUGGGAUUAUACAAGGAUACGAGUUCCACUUCAGGAACUCUUUGGAGUUAAAUACUGAGCUGCUCCUAUUUCACUGCAUUUUUAUUUUUUUAACAAGUUUGGGUGCCCCAACUGGGACCCAGUGAAGGUCACCAGAGUAGGCGGUGUUGCUUCAUGCUCCUGCUCAGAAUCUUUGCCUUAUCACCCAAGAUUUUCACGACCUACUUAGUCCCUGUAUUUUAACCAGUGUUUUAGCCACAGACAAUUCUGUUUGUUUUCUUAUUACCCCAAACUUUUUGAUUGCCACUUUUUCCAAAAUAUUGUCUUGUCUUUUGAUGUGACUUCUUCCAAGACAAAGUUCCAGUGGUGUAGAGGAAGAAAGGGAGAUUGCUAGACUCAGUUGAGCAAGAAACAUUUGCGUAACACCCAUCCCUGUUUCAUUCAGAUCAAUGUGUAACAUAUUGGGGGAAAAAAAUAACUUCUAACCAGUGUGAUUUAUCUUCUGUAAAUUGUACUUAAUGAAGAGCUAAUAACAAACUGAUUUUUCUUCUCAGAAGCAGAAAGCUUAUCUGGGACCUUAAGUCACUGAACUUCUGUCUAUCAAUUAGUCUCUAGCUCACAUAAGACUUUAACAUUGUCUAGAAACUGUCACUUCUGCAUCUGGGUCAAAGGCUGGUGGGAUGAGGUGACUGUCUCCAGUUAGGCUGACAGGCUUCCCAGCGUUGGGCCCAAGGCCAGUGUGUUUUAGUAGAGCAGCUGGUACUGUUCUUAAGAUGGCUUCCAAAAAUGGCAUUCAAGUUCCGGUACAGUGAAUGGGUUCCCAGUCAGUUUUUUUUUUCCUGUGAGUUCCUAUGCUGUGCUCUUCCAUUUCAAACAGAUGCGUUUGUUAGUGACUGAAGCUUUUAUAAGUAUUUAGGCUGGAUUUUGCUUCUGCUUCUGCUUCUGAGCUCUAGUUAUACUUUUCCCUGUUUUUAUAAUAUCUGUAUCUAAACAUCUCGAAAGCUUUUAUUGUGCAGUUUCACAGACCCAGAGUUCUGACAGUUUUCAGAAGAAGGAUGUCAAUGGGUAUGAUGCAUGAGUACUGUGACAUCACACUCUGCUCAGCCCUGGGCAGGAGAGGCUGCAGUGGGAGCAGGCACCAGGGUGGUGUGGGGAUGGCAGGUGUGCCCUGAGAAUCCUUGCUUUAAGGUAAUUGUCUUUUGUCAUGUCAUGGGGGAGGGAGAAGAGGUUGUUCUGGUGAUGUUGGUGUUUUUUUGUCUGUUUUGGAAAUAGGGUAUUUUUUGAAUUACCAUUAUGGUUUCCUAGCUUGCUGGCCAUUCAGACUUCCUGCUACGUGAAAAGCCAGCGUGGGGGGUGUCACUGAUUGGAUUCUUUAUGGGAAAGUGGCACUGGGGAGUAUUGGAGAAAGGUUUGUGGUGGCCUAGGCCACUGCCGUGGUGCUGCUGGAAUCCCACAGGGAUGUGCAGGUGCUCAGCUCAGGCAUUUUCUUGCUGCAGAUGAGAAGCUGUGAGCCGUCCUCAGAGUGUGACAAUGGAGCCUCCAGACAAUGUUCUGAGCUGCCUCAAGACUUUGCUUGAGGGUGUGAGCAGAGCUGUCAUAAAACAGAAACCAGAAGACAUUGCUGGGUUUUUAGCUUCCUAUUUCCAAGAGUUCAUUGACUUCCAAAAAGAGAAUCCAGAUUUGGUUUUAACAGAAGUGGUUGAAAAAUUUGAUCUUAAGCAGGAAACUUGGAAUGCGGAACAGGAAGAGAAGACAUCAAAUCAUAAUGAGGCUUUGCUUUUUACUGAGUCCCAGAGAAAGGAAUCGUGUACUGACAGAGAGGAAGAUGAUCAUCUUGAAGACCUCACUUCACGUAGCUCCAGAGUAACUCUGUGCCCAUCACCAACCAGUUCUGUUCCAGAAAGCAUGCAUCCCACUGGACCUGACAGAGCUUUAUCCCCUGAAGGAUCUGAACUUGAGUAUGUGCCUUCUGACCCUGCCCAGCUCCCUGCCCAGGUGGAUGAUAGCAGUGGUUCUGUUUGUCUUGUGAGGGAUGUGGCAACCACUGUGCAGACUCUUCAGGAAGAUGUUUCUGCUGCCUCGGCAGCUGAGGCUUCUAGGUCACAACUAGGAGUGCAGCCUUUGUCUUCCAUGAGUGGAGAACUAGGACCCUCCAACACCCAGGUCCUUGUUUCAACAACUGAUACAAAUCAGGUUUCCUCAGACCACCUGCAGGAAGGACUCUCAUCUCUUCCACCACCACAACCUUCUAAAGAAGAGUUGCAGGCUGUGCCUUCCUGUAGUGCAACUAAGGUCAUUUCAACCAGUGAUAAACUGAUAACGGAUGCAGAGGUUCCUUCCUACACGCAGCAGUUUCCAGAUAAAAUAAUCCUUUCCUUUAGUGGACAAGCUCUUUCUUCUGUAAAGCUGUCAUUAAACGCAGGCCAGGUCUCAUGGCUGAUUGCUAAUGAUGCAGUGUUCCAGCCUGAGCAAAUGGAAGGCAUAGCACAGAUGGAAUCAACUGAGCAAGCUUGUUGCUUCAGAGUGGAAUGUUCCAUUAUGGAUGGCAUGCUGAAGAACUGACACAACAGCUCUCAAAAUCUCUUAACAGCUGGGCAACUUUGAGGGUAAGACUUGAAAUGCUGGCCACAGUGAAGACCUGAGUGCAGAAGCGAUGAGGUAUCCAAUUUUUGCCCUCACCAUAAGAACCAGGCAACGCACAGCCAAAAAAAAAAGCAUUUCUCCUCAUCUGUGCAGAUGGCUCCAGUACCACUGCCCUACCUGGGUAAUUCUAGUUGCAUACAGAAUAAAAACAGAAAGCAUCUCACUGCCUUUGUAGCUGUUCCACUAGUCCACAUUCAAGGCUUGAGCAGUGGGCUCACUGCACGCUCAGAAUGAAUGCUUUGCCCCUGCUCCUGGCACCAGACUGCUCCUACUGGAAGGAAGAGAGGUCACUGAAGCACACUAUCCAGCAUCACUGCAGCAACUUCGGAGGCCGGCUUAGAAAGGGUCACCACUGUCAAACACCAUUCACUUUAGACUAGAUGCAAGAAGUUUUGAAGCCUUUAUUUAGUAGCAAUUAAAUUAUUCAAUUAACACUAACCUCCAGACAGCAGUUAAAAUAUUGUACAAGGAACAGCUCGCCCUCUAGAAGCUCUGUACACAGUUCAGUGUAAACUUACACUCUUAAGAUUGAAUGCACCCCACUGAAAAGGGUUAAAGCAGCUGUGCACAGGAGGCCUCGCUGAAGUGCCUUCCUACCUCUGAGAUGCACAAGGCUUCCUUCCAGGCAGCCUGCACUGUGCAGACAGUCCCACCGGGUCCCAGACUGAUCCACUUCUUGCCUGUUUGCAGUGGUGCUGGGCACCAGAACUCAUAGUGCAUUGAACAGAUUCUUUUCAAACCUGUUAUUAGUGUGCAGUUGAAAUCCAAUCCAUAGGUGUUUAAAUGGCUCUUAAUUCCUUAAACCAUAAGGCUUGUAGCAAAAAAAGGAGAGCAAAAUUCAAAACACACUGCACAAAAUAU